UUUGGAACAUGCAAAUUAGCAGAUACAUGUCACAUAAUGAAACAUUCAUCCAUGAACCAGCAUAGGGGAGUUUGAGGAUAUCCAAAGCCGGCAUGCUCUUCUAGUCUGGGGCUAGAUGGAGAUGCCGCAAAGUGGCUCAAGCUCUGAUCACUAUGCGCAUCGAGGGAGGUCUGCAGGCCAGAUGUUUGGAACGGGUAUUAUUCUUACGCGUCCCCCUCUUUUCCUGGUUCAUCAUACAUCAAACUUUUGAUUAGAGAAUGUAUUUCAACUCUUCCGUGAUCGAAUAAAAAGAAGAAAUUUAACCUAGAAGGCAGUGCGAGUUAUAUGUCAACUAAGAGCUUUAUUGCAUGCAAGUUUCGUUGUGCGUGUGCACGCGCGCUUGCGCUAAAAAGAAUGUGGAUAGUAACUAGUUAUGGUUAUUUGGGAGUGAUAUACAAUAGUAUCUAACUAUGUCAAGACACCCUCUUAAAUAAAAAGUGAUUAAUGUUUUAUAAUAUAAAAUAACCGUGUAUUGGAUUACUGUAAAAAGGAAACGAACUGUACAGAAAUGUCCAGUCACUUCACUACACAUGUUGAGAGCGCAUCUGGAGAGAGGAGGAGGAGAUGCGGUUAGGGAGUCGGCUAAUCCAACCACCGGGUAAAAAGGGCAGUUUUAGAUGGCUCAUAUUCCGCUGUAACUGUAUUGCACCGUGACACCAGCUCUGAGCAGCGCCGGAGCACCACAUCGGGCGCACCCACAGCAUCUGUACCAACACAUCACUGCUCCAGAGGCUCUUCCACUCACUGCAAGACUGGAUGUGGAAGCGAGCGCGCGGUGGGAAAAUACUCUCCGCCGCACACAUUUACAGGGAAUCGAUUCUGUGAUGACCGUGAGAUUCCACAAGUAAUGUGCGCAACUCUGUGGAUUGCCCUAUUUUUUUCUUUUCCUUUCUCUUUUCUGCCCAGUUGUGUUUCCUUAUUCAUUGUGCGCCCUAUGAAGAGCAUUAACUAUCCCUCCCUCCAAUCCUAUUGAAAAGGCUCCGAAAAAAAACAGAGGGAGAUGAGAGCAGCAAAUCCCUUUUUUAUUCCCCUCGUAGCGCUCAAUAAGAGAAGAAUGUGUUGCCUAUCAGUCACCGAGGGGAUCAAGUCUUCGGGACUGUCCCACGCGUUCAAUGCGCCGUGCAGAGCAUCACUGAGAGAGACAGAGUGAAGAGGACUGCAGCAGCAGCAGCAUCCUGUCUGGACACUUCACAUCAUUUAGCAACCUGUCUCCACUCAACAUCCAUUUAAGUCAAUUAGGGCUGCCCGCUUCUUUCACCUUUCAAGUCCUCUCACCGGACUGUGGUGUGCGAAACGAUGAGGAGUCUGGCGCUGCUGCUGGGGGUGAAAGCCGCCUGCAUCCUGCUGGUGUCUUCGCUCUCAGGCACAGGGGCGGUCAACAACAGCGGCCGGUGGUGGGGUAUUGUCAACGUGGCCUCCUCAUCCAACGUCCUCACCAAUUCCAAGAACGUGCAGUUGGUCCUGGACCCGAGCCUGGCCUUACUAAGUCGUCGCCAGCGCCGGCUGAUUCGGCAGAAUCCUGGCAUCUUGCACGCCAUCGCUGCUGGGCUGCACACUGCCAUAAAGGAGUGCAAGUGGCAGUUCCGCAACCGCCGCUGGAACUGCCCGACCACCCAGAGCCCAACAGUUUUUGGAAAAAUUGUCAAUCGUGGUUGCAGAGAGACUGCAUUUUUAUUUGCCAUUACCAGCGCAGGGGUGACCCACGCUGUGGCUCGCUCCUGCUCCGAAGGGGCCAUUGAGUCGUGCACAUGCGAUUACCGCCGCAGAGGUCCUGGAGGACCAGACUGGCACUGGGGGGGCUGCAGUGACAACGUAGACUUUGCCCGGAUGUUCAGCCGUGAGUUUGUGGACUCCAGCGAAAAAGGCAGAGAUCUGCGCUACCUCACCAACAUACACAAUAAUGAAGCUGGCAGAAUGACUGUGUCAUCAGAGAUGCGUCAGGAGUGUAAGUGCCAUGGCAUGUCCGGCUCCUGCACCGUGCGCACCUGUUGGAUGCGCCUGCCCAGCUUCCGCACGGUGGGAGACUUCCUCAAGGACCGGUUUGAUGGUGCAUCCAGAGUUGUUUAUGCCAACAAAGGAAGCAACCGUGCUUCUCACCGAGCCGAUCCCCGACACUUGGAGCCUGAAAACCCGGCCCACAAACCCCCCUCUGCCAUGGACCUGGUCUAUUUUGAGAAAUCACCAAACUUCUGCUCCUACAAUGGCAAAACUGGCACUUUGGGAACUUCUGGGAGAACAUGCAACAGCUCUUCUCCAGGCCUGGACGGAUGUGAGCUGCUUUGCUGUGGACGUGGGUUUAAGACCCGGACUGAGAGUGUGACUGAACGUUGCCACUGCACCUUCCACUGGUGCUGUCAUGUCAGUUGCUUGAACUGCACCAGUACACGGACGUUACACCAGUGUCUAUGAUAACAGGUGGACACCAAUGGAAUAUCAAUACAUAUGUGUUUGCUAAUUGGCUGAGAAAGCCACAAGAACAGAUAGAAUCUAGAAAAAGAGGGAGAUGGAGAAAAGCACAAAUAUAUGAACAGGGUAUGCAGCAACUAUAUGUGCUUGCAACUUUUCUUUGAUGCUUAACAGCAUUAAGAGAGUAUUUAAACACACCAGCCAUCAAUGUAGAGGGGAAAUGAUCCACAUCCCUCAAGUGUUUACACUGUGGAAACACACAAUUAGAAGUGAAGGGAUGAAAUGAUGUGGUGAUGAAUCGAUUGCUGUAACCAGUUAGAGCUUUUUUCUCCCCCACUGAAGGCAGAGACUGGGCACAAUGUUUCACAGAUGUUUCUGUGGCUCUCAUAAACUGGUGAAGACCUUUAACAAGAGGGAAGUUAUUUUAAAAAUUCAAAAAAAAAUCACUGUUUGGUUUUGUUUUGCUGAAAGGUCGGAUUCUCUCACAUGAAACGGUGUAAAGUUUAUCUCUAGGGAUGGGCUGUCUUUUCCCAACUCGUGUACUUAGGCCCUGGAUGCAACCCAACCACUUAGAAUUUCUUCACCAUAUUGUGUAUUUAAUUUAAGCUGAAUCCACCUCAAUCCUGAUUUGCCACUAUGAUUUACCACAGGAUGAUCCUGAUGUUACAUCACUGGGAUGGUGCUCGCCAAGCAAAAUAGAAACUACCUGAACACAUCUUACUGAGGCAAUGUAAUUUGAAUGCCUCAUCAAUACACUGAAUAUAAUGACAUCACUUGAUCAGUGGGGUCAAUAUAAAAAAAAGAUGAAAUGUGACCUGCAGAAUCUCACCAUGCUCUCAAAAUGAAAACUAAUGCCAGUCUGAGAUGACAUUAAAUAAAAAAAGACUAAACAUUCCUGUUACUACAUGAGUGUUGUAUUAAACUGGUCCAGGUGUAACGUAUAGCUUAUACAGUGUGUUUUACUUCAGGAUAGGCUGUAAAAAGCAGAUAGACAUUUUUUUUUGACGAAAACAGCCUUUGCUGUCAGAGAUCAUUCUGUAUUUCAGCUAUGAGAACCAAAAUAAUGUAAAUAUUAAAAUAUAUGAAUAUAUUUAUAAUGAUGUAAUAUGUAAGUUUUCUGACUGAUGUAUGCACCUGACAGUGGCUGGAGAAUAUGCUAUCAUUAGUGUCAAGUCAGGAGAUGUUUAGAUCGUAUGCUUUUUUCUAUUUUGGGGUAGUGUAUAGAAACAUUAUCAUGUCUUUGCUUGUUUCCUGUUAAACAUUUAUGUUCAUGCACUGAAUAUUUACCUUUUUUAUUUGUGUAAAUACAAAAUAUUUAUUUCUAAGGAUUUUUAUACUGUUAUAGUGAGAUGUAAAAGAAGACUUUUUUUUAGAAUGUAAUCAAAAGAUUUAGACUCUAGUUGGUUCUGUAUUGUAUGAUAGAACAAUAAAGUCUAUAUUUUC